AUGACGUCCAGCGAGAAGGAUAGACCUGAAGACCUGCAGGUUGAACAAAAGGUCGCAUCAGCGGGCUUUAGAACAGAAAAAGCUGUGGGUGGUAAUCUCCAUGCCGUGGCCGGUCGCGGUAAUGUGGCCACUGAUGAACAUGGUAACCCUCUUGUUGAGUUCGACCCAGUUGCCGUGAAGAAGCUCCGGUGGAAGCUCGAUCUCUACACCGUCCCCACCGUCGCUUUUCUCUACCUCUUCUGCUUUAUUGACCGGGCCAAUAUCGGCAACGCCCGUAUUGCCGGCCUGGAAAAGGACCUCGGACUCAAGGGCUUCGACUAUAACGUCGUUCUGUCCGUUUUCUACGUCUCCUACAUCAUCUUCGAGAUCCCCGCCAGCAUCUGCUGCAAGUGGAUGGGUCCCGGCUGGUUCCUUCCGCUCACCUCCCUUCUCUUCGGUGUCGCAUCGAUUGCCACCGCCUUCGUCCACAGCCGAGCCGCCAUCUGCGGUGUCCGGUUUCUCCUCGGCAUAUUUGAAGCUGGCAUGCUACCGGGAAUCGCAUAUUACCUUUCGAGAUGGUAUCAACGUGCUGAACUCACCUUCCGCCUGUCGCUCUACAUGGUCAUGGCACCCCUCGCGGGUGCCUUCGGUGGGCUGCUAGCAUCUGCGAUCCUGACAAUGGAUCACUUUGGCUCUCUCCACGAAUGGCGAAUGAUUUUUGCUUUGGAAGGCAUUAUUACUGUUGGGCUAUCCCUCAUCGCCUUCAUCACGUUGACUGACCGUCCCGAAACGGCACGUUGGCUCACGGAGGAAGAGAAGGAACUGUGUAUCGCACGUGUCAAGUCCGAGCGUAUUGGUGCCACGGAAGUCAUCGACGGAAUCGAUCGUACGAAGCUGUGGCGCGGCAUGACGAACCCGGUCACCCUUGAGAUUGCCGUCAUCUUCCUGUUCAAUAAUAUCACCGUUCAGGGCCUCGCUUUCUUCCUGCCUACGAUUGUUAGGAGCAUCUACCCCGAGUUCACUGUUGUGCAGCAGCAGCUUUACAGCGUACCUCCCUAUGCCGUGGGAGCAUUCUUCGUCUUGGCGUACCCUGCGCUGAGCUGGUAUCUUGACCGGAGGCAAAUAUUGAUCGCACUCUCCUCGCCUAUGGUUAUGGCUGGGUACAUCAUGUUCCUUGCGUCCAAGGUCAAUGUAGUUCGCUACGCCGCAACGUUCUUGAUUGCCAGCUCAACCAUGACGCUGGGACCCAUGUCGAAUGCGCAGAUCAGCGCCAACGUUGUCAGCGACACAGCGAGGAGCAGCGCCAUCGGUCUCAACGUUAUGAUGGGCAACAUUGGUGGUCUUGUCUCGACAUGGAGCUACAUCGUUUGGGAUGCUCCCGAUUUCCACAUCGGCAACGGGCUCAAUCUUGCGGCGGCAAGUGUGAUUCUCAUCGUUGCCACCGCAGCUUGGUUCUGGAUGAAGUGGGAUAAUAAGAAGCGGGAUGGAAGGAACGUCGAGGAAGAGCUGGCCGGUAUGAGUCCGCGGGAGAUCGCAGAUCUCGACUGGAAACACCCCGGUUUCCGAUGGCGCACAUAA